UAUAUAUAUAUAUAUAGAGAGACAGGAGAGAGAGAGAGAGAGAGAGAUAGAGAGAAUAAUAUGGCAACUGGGAAUGAAUGGCUGCAUGGGUAUUUGGAAGCGAUUCUGGACGUAGGAAGCAACACAAGCAAAAAACUAGAAGGAAAGAACAGAAUUAGGAGGUUUGAAGACAAACAAAAGAAAGGGAAGCUGUUUUGCCCAACAAAGUACUUUGUUGAAGAGGUCGUUUACAGCUUCGAUGAGUCUGAUCUCUACAAAACUUGGACCAAGGUGAUUGCAGCUAGGAAUACACGUGAUCGCAAUAAUAGACUGGAAAACAUGUGCUGGCGCAUUUGGGAUCUGGCUCGCAAGAAAAAGCGGAUAGCUUGGGAUGAUGAACAAAAACUAACAAACCGACGACUGGAACGAGAGCAAGGUCGGAGCGAUGCUUCCGACGAUCUCUCAGGCAGCUCAGAAGGAGAAAGGGAUCAAGGGGACACUAACAUAUCCGAGUCUAUCAAAGAUAGUCCUAGUACUAAUUCUGACAUUCAAAUUUGGUCUGAUGAUGAAAAGUCUAGAAGCCUUUAUGUUGUCUUGAUCAGUAUCCAUGGGCUGGUACGAGGAGAAAAUAUGGAACUCGGACGAGAUUCCGAUACAGGUGGCCAGGUCAAAUAUGUGAUUGAACUUGCUCGAGCUUUAGCCAACACAAAAGGGGUACACCGGGUUGAUCUCCUAACUAGACAAAUUUCCUCACCUGAGGUAGAUUCUAGUUAUGGAGAGCCUGUAGAGAUGUUGUCGUGCCCAUCUGACGGAACUGGUAGCUGUGGUGCCUACAUUAUUCGAAUUCCAUGUGGACCUCGUGACAAAUACAUACCAAAAGAGUCUCUCUGGCCUUAUAUACCUGAAUUCGUCGAUGGAGCUUUAAAUCACAUUGUUAACAUGGCAAGAGUUUUGGGUGAACAAGUUGCAGAAGGAAAUCCAAUUUGGCCUUAUGUCAUCCAUGGUCACUAUGCAGAUGCAGGGGAGGUGGCUGCUCACCUGUCUGGGGCACUGAAUGUGCCCAUGGUGCUAACAGGACAUUCUUUGGGCAGGAACAAAUUUGAACAAUUGCUUAAACAAGGGAGGUUGUCAAGAGAGGAUAUCAAUGCAACCUAUAACAUUUUGAGGAGAAUUGGGGCAGAGGAGUUGGGAUUGGAUGCUGCUGAGAUGGUGGUUACUAGCACAAGGCAAGAGAUAGAGGAGCAAUGGGGACUGUAUGAUGGGUUUGAUCUCAAGUUGGAAAGGAAGCUUAGAGUUCGAAGGCAGCGGGGAGUGAGUUGCCUUGGUAGAUACAUGCCCAGAAUGAUGGUUAUACCUCCAGGCAUGGAUUUCAGCAAUGUUACAAUCCAAGAUUCAAUGGAAGGCGAGGGAGACCUAAAGUCAUUGAUUGGACCAGACAGAGCUCAAAGCAAUAGAAAUAUACCUCCAAUCUGGAAUGAGAUUAUGCGGUUUCUAACAAAUCCUCACAAGCCAAUGAUACUUGCAUUAUCCCGUCCUGACCCUAAGAAAAAUGUCACCACAUUGCUUAAGGCUUUUGGAGAAUGUCAAGCCCUGAGGGAAUUGGCCAACUUGGUUCUGAUUCUUGGUAACAGAGAUGAUAUUGAAGAAAUGUCCACUAACAGCUCAAGUGUUUUGAUAACCGUGCUUAAGCUCCUUGAUAAGUAUGAUUUAUACGGUCAAGUUGCUUACCCUAAGCACCAUAAGCAAUCUGAAGUUCACCAAAUUUAUUGUUUGGCAGCAAAAACAAAGGGAGUUUUCAUCAACCCGGCUUUGGUCGAACCUUUUGGCCUCACUCUCAUUGAGGCAGCUGCCUAUGGCUUACCUGUUGUUGCCACAAAAAAUGGAGGACCUGUAGAUAUCUUGAAGGCAUUGCACAAUGGACUCCUCGUUGAUCCACAUGAUCAGAAAGCAAUAGCAGAUGCCCUUUUGAAGCUGGUUGCUGACAAAAACCUGUGGCUCGAGUGUCGUAAGAACAGCCUUAAAAACAUACACCGAUUUUCAUGGACAGAACACUGUAAAAACUAUCUCUCCCACAUUGAGCACUGUCGUAACCGCCAUCCUACCACCCGCCAUGAGAUCGUACCAAUUCUAGAAGAACCCAUGAGUGACUCCCUAAAGGAUCUAGAUGAUCUCUCAUUAAGAUUCACCAUAGAAGGAGAAUUCAAGUUUAAUGGAGAACUUGACGAUGCAAUGAGACAGAAGGAACUUGUUGAAGCAAUUACCAAAAGAAUGGUUUCCUCUAAUAACAAUGACACUGCAAGUUAUUAUCCAGGUAGAAGGCAAGGACUAUUUGUAAUAGCCACAGAUUGUUACAAUAACAAUGGAGAGUAUACUGAAAGCUUGAGAUCGACAAUUAAGAACGUGAUGCAAACUGGCUCAGCCUUGGGUUUAGGUAGCAUAGGAUACAUAUUUUUGACAGGAUCAAGCUUAAGAGAAACAAUGGAAGCACUGAAAUGGUGCCAAGUAAGCCUAGAAGAAUUUGAUGCGCUAGUGUGUAAUAGCGGAAGUGAGCUGUACUAUCCAUGGCGAGAUACAGCAGCUGAUACAGAUUAUGAAUCACACAUCGAGUACAGAUGGCCAGGAGAGAAUGUCAGAUCAACAGUGACCAGGCUCGCUAAGUUGGAAGGUAGGAACGAGGAUGACAUAAAAGAACAUGUAGGUGUAUGGAGUUCAAGGUGCUGCUCCUACAGUGUGAAAUCAACUGCCAAUAUUAGGAAGACCGAAGACCUUCACCAACGGCUGCGGAUGAGAGGAUUCCGGUGCAAUAUUGUCUAUGUACGAGCAGCAUCAAGGUUAAAUGUGUUACCAUUAUAUGCAUCGAGAAGACAGGCACUAAGGUACCUUUCAAUUAAAUGGGGAAUUGAUCUAUCCAAAAUGGUCACGUUCGUUGGAGAGAAAGGAGAUACGGAUCAUGAAGACCUACUGGCUGGCCUGCACAAGACCAUUGUUUUAAAUGGUUCUGUUGAGAAUGGGAGUGAAAAGCUUCUUCGAAGUGAAGACAACUUUAACAAAGAAGGUAUAGUUGCACUCUCACGUGAUAGCCCUAACAUAUCCAUUUUAGAUGGCAGUUAUGGCGUCCAUGAUCUUUUGUCAGCACUAAAUGUUGCUGAGAUCAAGAGCUACUAGAUACCCUCUAUUUUCUUAUCCUCCUGUCCUGUUGGCACAUAUGUAAAUAAUGAAAAAGAAGAAGCGAUUGCCAUAAUAAGAAGAAUAUACUUCACUUUUCGUAAGAA